UAUAAAUAUGGAUUAAAAUCAAUAUUCUAUGCAAUGGUCAUUGGUGCCUGUAGAUGCUCUGAGAAUUAGUCAGGGCAGAAAAACGGAGACAAUAAAGAAAUCACAAUUCAACUUUGGCAGUCUGGACUAGUAAACUUUUAAAAUCAUUUUGAACUUGUACAAAUACAUAUAAUUCUUUGCUCGCCUAUUCUCUCCAAGUGCUUAAAUGACACUAAUAAUACUUUCAUCUCUACUAUUCCAUAUCGGAAGAGUGAAAAGAAUGGGAAGGACAACUAUGCCAAUGAACCUCAACAUUCUUUUGAUGCUACUAUGGUUAAACCAGGCCCUAAUGGCAACAGCUGCAAGGCCAGUAUGUCUAGACUACUGCGGUGAUGUUGACUUCCGAUUCCCUUUCGGAAUUGGAAAAGGUUGUUAUAUGAGCAAGAGUUUUGAGGUAUUCUGCAACCAUUCUUUUUCACCUCCAAAGCCUUUCUUAACAAGUAUCAACAUGGAGCUGCUUGAUUCAUCAACAGGAUCGGAACAAAUAACAGUCAAUAAUCCAGUUAUUCGAUCCGAUUGCAGCAGCAAAUCCUCGACUAGUUUAGAGGUUUCUGUGUCAGGCACUCCAUUUGUAUUUUCAAAUUAUUCUAACAGAUUCACAGCCAUAGGCUGUGACAAUUAUGCGAUGCUUAUUCGGAAUGGUAACACAGUUGGAGGUUGCUUGUCUAUUUGUAGACAAAGCAAUACAACUGGCUGCUAUGGUCUUAACUGCUGUCAGGCCACAAUCCCUCCGAAUUUCCAAUCUUUUGUAGUCAACAUGACGAACCCAUUUCAUAGUGAUGCGGAUGGUCGCAGUAGCUGUAAAUCUGCUUUCAUGGUUAGCCAAACUUGGCUUGAAUCUAAAUCAACAGUCCUUAAUGAAGUUCAAGAAAUGGAUCAUGUUCCUGCAGUACUUAUAUGGUCAGAGUUUCAAGGGUACUGCGAUAUUCGUGAGCAUCCAAAUAUCACCUGUACCUCCAACUAUUGCUGGGCGCAGCUUACCCAAAAUCAAUUCUGUAUUUGUAGUCGAUGUCAAGAUGUCGGCAAAUGCACAAAUCCAAAGAACUAUUAUUACUGUGAAUUGAAAUGUAUGUAUAAUAGAGGGAGCUAUAACUGCACUUGUCCUGCUGGCCAUCGUAAGAUAUCCAACAACGGCUACAGUUGCUACCCAAAUGGUGCCUUUGGUGAGAAAUCUCGGAUGAAGGCCAUCUUUAUAGGUAUUGGAUCAGGCCUUGGAUUUUUGCUAUUAGUUAUUAGUAUAUGGCUGUCGUAUAAGGUGGUAAAGCGAAGACGAGCCAUGAAGCUGAAGUUAAAAUUUUUCAAAAGAAAUGGAGGAUUGUUACUAGAACAGCAGCUAUCUUCUACGCAAAGUCAUGUCGAACAAACGAAAGUUUUCAAUUCCGCAGAAUUGGAAAAGGCGACCGAUAAUUAUCAUGUGAAUCGAAUACUUGGCCAAGGAGGUCAAGGAACUGUUUACAAAGGAAUGUUAACAGAUGGAAGAGUUGUGGCUAUUAAAAAGUCCAAAGUAGUCGAUGAAGACAAGCUCGAUCAGUUCAUCAAUGAGGUGGUGAUUUUAUCACAAAUCAACCAUAGAAAUGUGGUUCAAUUGAUCGGAUGUUGCCUCGAGACAGAAGUUCCUAUGCUAGUGUAUGAGUUCAUUUCUAAUGGAACACUCUUCCAAUACAUACAUAACAAUCUAAAUGAAGAAUUCCCUAUUACUUGGGAGAUGCGACUGCGGAUUGCUACAGAAGUUGCAGGUGCACUGGCCUAUUUACAUUCAGCAGCUUCUGCACCAAUAUAUCAUCGAGAUAUCAAGUCAUCAAACAUACUUUUGGAUGAUAAAUACAGAGCAAAAGUAGGCGAUUUUGGAACUUCGAGAACAAUAUCAAUCGAGGAAACGCACGUGACAACUCGAGUACAAGGAACAUUUGGUUACUUAGAUCCUGAGUACUUCCAGUCGAGCCAGUUUACAAAUAAAAGUGAUGUUUACAGUUUCGGAGUAGUUCUUGUGGAGCUUUUAACAGGUCAAAAACCCAUAUCGUUCUUGAGGUCCGUUGAAGAGAGAAGCUUGGCAACAUAUUUUCUAUUAUCAAUGGAAGAGAAGCGUCUUUUUGAAAUUCUUGACAGUCAAGUUCUGAAAGAGGGUGGGAAAAAAGAGAUAAUUGCGAUGGCUAAGUUAGCAGAAAAAUGCUUGAACUUGAAUGGGAAAAAGAGACCUACCAUGAAGACGGUGGCAAUAGAGCUGGAAGGAAUCAGAGUAUCUGUAGGAGCUCAUUCAACCACCCCACAAGAUUAUGAAGAGGUUGAUUACGUUGUAGGGGACUAUACAGCGCCAUGGGAUGUUGCUUCGUCUUCGUCUGGCUCAAUCAAUAGCAGCACAAUAAACAUCAAUUCAGUGACUUAUAUUGAUUAGAGAUUUUAAUUCAAUCGCAUUACAUGUCA